ACGAGGUGCUGUCAGCUGUCGCGUAGCGUGCUUGUCCUUGUCUGGAGGAAGUCUCUUAAGGCUCCUCUUGUCGGAUGCUUUUUCUUUCAACGUUACUGGUUUUUCCUCUAUUUGUUGCACCAUCCAAGGUUAUAGGAGUUUGCGAACAGCAUCGCUUUCAAUGCGUCGAUGAUUUUCUGCUGUUUCAUCAAUUUCGGCGUUGUGGUACGACAUGUCUUCAAAGUGCAGACAUGAACAUGGUAAAAACCAAG